UGUCAUCCAGCUGAGGGCCCAUGUUGACGCGCUUCCUCCCGAUGCUCGCGCGAAAGUUGUUGCGACUGUGACCAAGUUCCACGAGGAGACGGGGACCGUGGCCGAUUUGAUGGCACUUCUCCCCUCGCCAUCGUCGGGAUCGGGGAAGGACAAGCAUGAAGAGUCGCCUUCCGACACGAACACGCGAAACAAGAACGCAGGCGCAAGUAGUUCGAACGCUUUAGAGAAUCGAGCAGGCAACGAAGCCAAGGUAGCGGACGACGGGAGCGAGGAAGAUUCGGACGGUGACGUCGACAUAGAGGAGUCCAAUGCGGAAGCUAACCAUCUCGAAUCUGACGACGAUGGUGAGGUUGCGGCGCCGGAGGCUAAUGACGAGCCCUGGUACCUGGCCGCUAUGAUUUGGGAACGACCCGCGAAGGGCGUAGACAUCUUCUGCUUCGACCCCGACCUGAGCGUUGCUUGGUAUCUUGAGACGGUGCUUUGGGUGGACUCGUUUAGCCAGCCGAAGAUUCAUUUUUUGUCUAUCCCCUACACCGAGGAUGACGUCGUCUUAGAGCUCCGUUCUAAUCUUGGCUUGGUCUUGCGACACUUCGACGUUACCAGCGUCGAGGUAUGGAAGCCGGACAUCUAUACCUGGGUCGAGCAGUCGGUGACGACCCCGAUCCACGUACACGGACAGGACGACAAACUUCUGCUCCUCCGUCUGCCGGACGUCGGUUACUGCCAAGGAUUUCUCAAGUUCUUCGAGCGGAUGGAAUGCGAUCAGACGGGAUCGGACGUGAUGGCGAAUGCGUUGCAGCGAGAUGGCGGCUUCUCCUGGCAGGAGAAAGGGAAGGGCGUAGACCGCGGCGACAACAGAUAA